GGCUGAGCGGCCCCGUCAAAUCACUACGGAGGUGACGCGCAGCCCGAGGACUUACAUAAAACUACUCCGAGGACUUUUCGCUCUUUUAACACCUAAAAGUCGCUUUACUCGCCCGUAUCUCGGACGAGGAGGCCUACACGUCGUGGAAAUAAAAAGUUGUGGUAGUUUUUAACUUCUACCAGAGGCUUGUUUCGAUUAAAGACAACAAAAAGUUUUUUUUUCGGCUGAGAGGCACUCGGGACGCGAAGCAGUCGAGGACCGAGAGGAGGGGGGGAUUUCUAAACAUCUCCUUUUCAGUUUUUUCGAGGGCAUGCGAGUCUUCUGAACACGCCUGGACCUGUUAACGCGCACAUAAAGCCGGGAGAAAGCCACUUGUUGCUCACUUUGUUUCUUCUGAAUUCAACAUGCUGCCGAAUACGGCGCUUUACGCCGCGAAGAAACGGAAGAAGCCCGUCCAGAAAAUGCCCAAACCUCCACCUCCCGAGGGCGCCAAGUCCAACCCGUCCAAACGCCAUCGCGACAGGCUCAACGGCGAGCUGGACAAGCUCACCAGCCUGCUGCCCUUCACAGAGGAGGUGCGGUCCCGGCUGGACAAGCUGUCCGUCCUCCGCCUCAGCGUUGGAUACCUGAAGGUCAAGGGCUACUUCAACGCCACCAUGAAGAUGGGCCAGAACAACAACUCCAGCUACACCAGCGAGCGGAGCAUCAUGUUUGGAGGAAACAGCCAGAGCUCGGCGCUGCAGCCAUCCUCCGCAACCUCCACUGCCCCCUCCUCCUUCACGACUUCCACAGUGACCUCCAUCGAUGGGGUGAACUUCUCUGAGGGAGACCUGCUGCUUCAGGCGUUGAGCGGCUUCGUGUUGGUGGUGACAGCUGAAGGCUACGUCUUCUACACGUCCCCCACCAUUCAGGACUUCCUCGGCUUCCAUCAGUCGGACGUCGUCCAUCAGAGCGUGUUUGAGCUGAUCCACACAGACGACCGAGCUUUCUUCAGACAGCAGCUCCACUUCUCUCUCAACCCAAACACAGAGGGCGCCGACGGCCCCAGUGACCAGAGCAACCCUGAGAUCAGCAGCAACAUAGUGAGCUACAACCCGCAUGCCAUCCCUCCAGAGAACUCGUCCUUCCUGGAGAGGAACUUCUGCUGCCGCCUGCGCUGCCUGCUCGACAACUCGUCUGGCUUCCUGGCUUUGAACUUCCACGGCCGCCUCAAGUUUCUCCACAAUCAGAACCACGUGUCGGAGGACGGGUCACUGGUUCCUCCGCAGCUUGCUCUGUUUGCCAUCGCAACGCCGAUGCAGCAGCCAUCCAUCCUGGAGAUCCGCACCAAGACGCUCAUGUUCCAGACCAAACACAAGAUGGACUUCACACCCAUAGGCGUCGACGCAAGAGCGAAGCUGGUUCUGGGCUACUCCGAGAUAGAGAUCAGUAGUAAAGGCUCGGGCUACAACUUCAUCCAUGCUGCCGACAUGUUGUACUGCGCAGAAAACCAUGUCAGAAUGAUGAAAACUGGAGAGAGUGGCAUAACCGUCUUCAGGCUGCUGUCCAAGGCCGGCCGGUGGGUCUGGGUCCAGGCUAACGCCCGGCUCAUCAUAAAAAACGGGAAACCCGAGUUCAUCGUGGCCCAGCAGAGAGCUUUGACAAAUGAAGAAGGAGAAGAGCAGCUUCGCCUCAGACGUCUGCAGGUGCCAUUUAACUACGCCACAGGAGAGGCGCUGCUGUAUGAUGUCACCCCCAACAUUGAGCCCCGUGACCCGUGCUCCGCCCCCAAGCAGGGGAAGUUUGACAGUGACGCCAUCAGUCGCGACUCCUUGCUGGGCUGCAUGCUGAAUCAGGACCAUUCGCUCUAUUGCGAUCAGAACAGCGCCAACACCCUCAGCAACCUCAACGACAUGGUCUUCGGGGAUACCAACGCCACACUCAAUGUCCCCGGAGACACGGAGCCCAGCCCGGCAGUGGGAAACGUAGUGAAAGCAGAAGCCACAGUUCAGGAAAUCAUGGAGUCCCUGCAGCAGAUCUUUGGGGACGGUGAGCUCAUCGAAAGCCUGCACGUUGAGCCUGAUGAGCUCAAGAGCUGGGAGAGCACGCUGUUGCAGAUGAGCUGCCACGGUGGGUUCGGCGACGACCUCAGCGACAUUCUCAACAAUGACAUCCUGUCUUACGUGGAGGAGCAGCUGCAGAAGGAUAUCGGACUCAACCUGCCGCAACAGAUUGACGGCAUCCCAGCCUGCCUCUCUGGUUUGGACCAACUUCAAAACCAGGAUCCAGAUCAAGGCGGGGAGCUGAACUUUGACUGGGCUCUCGAGACGCAGACCCAGCUGAUACCCAACGGAGUGCAGAUGGCAGCGGUCCAGCAGACGAUGAAACUGAGCCACAUGGACUUUCCUCAGCCUAAUUCUUCUGGUCCCAAUGGACUGACCUUUAACAACGUCCUGCCAAACAGCUUUCCUCAAACACAAAGUCAGCUAAAGGCCAGCAGCAUGGACAACAACCUCGGAGCGUUCCCGCUCAGGCAGCCUUCAACCAACCCAGUGCCUCUUCACAUGAUCCCAGCCAACCAAACAUUUGGCCUCCAGGACCAAAACAAGGAAGGACAGUUAAAUAAUGUCUUUACCUUCCAGGGCACCAAGUGCAGCAAAUCAAUGUCACACCAAGCAGACAGCUGUGGAGAAACAUUUGCCUCCAAUAUUUCAAACAAGGCUGUUUUCUCUUCAUCACUCAGCUGCAUGCAGAGCCACUUCCCUGUACAGACCCCAAACGGCAACAGUCAGAGGCAGGUGUGGCCUCAGCAGCAGCAGCUGAUCACGGGUCAGCAGAUGGGCUCUUUCCAGAGGAACCCCACAGACAUCGGCUCUCUCAACAAGUUCAUGACUCCAGAGACUUCUAAUCCACUUCCUGUUCAGCAGAUCUUGGAGCAGUCGCCGGCUUCUACAAGCUGUAUGUACAGAAAUGCCGCCCCAGGACUGCCUGUGAACGGCGUGCACCACAGUCAGCCGAGGUUGAACCCGGCCCCCAGUCAAAUUCCCUCCAAUCCCUCCUGCUUUUACCAGGUCGGAGAAAGAGCCAUAUCAGGAAUGGCUUCGAUCCCAAAUUUGGAUGAGGCCUCACUGUCCUGUCAGAUGCCCACUGGUCUGAAACCGAACGGCCUGCUGGGGCAGCAGAAGCAAUAUCUGAACUUCAGUGAGCAGACGCAGAUGAACAACCGUCCAGUUGUCGGGAACGGAGUUUUCCCCUUCCCUUCGCUGCCCAAUGGGAACAUGUGCUACUCAGAGAACAAAUAGGAAUCAGUCGCUGUGACUUCUGGACGGCAGAGGAUCUCAACUUGAACUGAAAGGAAAAGACUGAAGAAUAAGAAAGUGCCAGAAAAUGGACGAGAAGACAAUCAAAGGCACCCCUCCCUCCCUCUUUUUAUUUCUUUUCUUUUCUUUCUCUUAUGACGAAACAGUGAUGAAAGCUGUUAGAGUUCAUGUUUGGUUCAGGGUGGCUCAACAGGACGAAAAAUCAGGAUAAAAGCUUGGAUUCCUCUUUCGGAUGCGGUUGGAUUGUACCAAUGCAAAACGACUGCUUGGCGAGAAUAUUUGGAUGUAUGGGAACCAAAAUGAGUCCAGUCUGACUGAGUUGAUCCCUCUGAUGGAAACAAGUUAAAGGGCGCUGCUUUUUAACAGAGGUAGGUGAAGCUGACAUGACCAACCAAUCAGACCUCAGCCACCAAAACCCAGUUAACCGACUCAAAUUGUUUUAAUAUAUUUGAAAUGAGUUUUUAAACCAAAAAAUGCCCCAAAUUUUGAAAACAGGUUUUCCAACAGCUGGCAGAAACUCAGCAAAAAAAGGAAGGAGGCUCCACCUGGUGGUGCUAUCCAGCAAUUGCACUUUAAAAACCAAUUAAUUAAGAGGAAGAUCACUAUAUUAGUAAGGUCAUUUAUAUAUUCUGCCACAGAUGAGGACUGGCUGGUUGGUUUAGCGUCCCCCUGUUGUAAUAAAAAGCAGAUGAUUUCCCUUCUCCUUUAUUUUUUAUUCUUUUUAAAAAUCCCCUUACUGUGUGGAUGGGACGUUUCUGGGUGGGACAGAUGGACCUGGAAGUUAAAGGAAACAUCACUGAGGCAACCGCCUGUCAAUCCUCUGCCGUCUGCAAUGUACACAAUUUCGACACCUUUGCUAAUUUGAACGCUCAGAAGGAUAGCAUAUACCAACCUUUUUUUUAAAACAUUGCUGUUUUAUGUCCCUUUGAACAGGCAUCCUGAUUCAGUUCAUUUCAAGUCUUUACUGUCCCAGUGAGGGAGAUUUGCUUUGCAGACAGGGUAGAAAAUUAUUGUAGUUUAAAAAGAAAAGAAACGCACAACCAGACAUCGGCAUCAUCCUACUAACAGACCAUAUGUAAGAUUUAAUUCAGUGAAAACAGCUGCUUGUUGAUAUAUUUUAAGAGCUUUGUCACUGAGCCAGUUUUCUUUCCUUCCUUUUCCUUUUGUGUUGUUGCUUUAUUUUUAUUGUACCAGGAAAAAAAUUGCAGUGCCUUAAACUGACAGGAACUUUAAAGGGACAGUCAGUAGAGAUUAAUUAGAAGACCAAAGUUGCCCUUGCCUUAACUAAGUCACGCAGGCCCAAAUAACCUCCAGCCACUAGGGAGAAGCAUGCAUUCUCCAAACAAGCAGUGCUCGAGGUUGCAGUCAAUCACAAAAAACUUCUUUGUGGUUGUUUAAAUUGUUACCAGAUUGCUGCGGUCACCUAUUUGUUUCCAUGAAUGACAACUUUUUUUUACAGUUUCACUACCACUAAAAUAGUUUGCAGACAAGUGAGCGUCAACUGCUUCAAUCUGCUAGCGACCAACGCACUUGCAAGGAGAUUUUUGGCGCAAAUGAUUCACCCAGCAACUGCAAGCAACCAUUGUUUGCCUGUGUGACUGAAGCUUUAGCCAUUAUUUGAGAUUUUUUUUUUGCACUACUCCUUUAAAUUGUUUGACUUGCCAAAGCACAGUGAGAAGUCCGAGACUUACUAUUGCUAGACAAAAAACUGAGAACAAUUUAGACAACUUUAGUACUUAGUUGUUGUUGUUUUUUAAUUAUGUCAUUUAAAGGUUAUAUCGAAAUGUUUUAAUGAUAAAAUCAAACAAAUUAAAAUAAAACUUAAACUGAGUCAAAGUCCAGAUUUUUUAAAAAACUUUUAUUAUUAUUUUUUUAAAAA